UCCUCGGCAGCGGCCGGUCACCGGAUCGGAUCGCCAGCAGCUGUGCCUGUUGCACUGUGCUAUUUUUCACUCGGGCAUAAAGUGAUGGGCAGCCAGCGUUGUCCUGCUAGCGCCCGCAAGGCUCGGGGGGCUCACAGUCUUCUUCUCCUGCAGAGCUCCAGUGCUCAGUCCUCAGCCCCAGUGGAGGUAGAGUGGAGGUGGACGAAGAGGAACCAGCAACAGAACCACCACCAGAACCAACACGGACACGGACACGGACACGGACAAGCAACUGCAACAGCAGCAGAACCACCACCAGAACCGACACGGACACCGACAAGGACAAGCAACUGCAGCAGCAACAGCAGCAGCAUUAGCGCCAUGAAGUCCACUGAGGCAGACCGGGAGAGAGACCGAGGAAAGCGUGGUCCCUUGGGCCUGAACCUUCCCCUGUUGCCGCGGCCCCCUCCGCUGCUGGCAACCUAUCACUCGGAUCUGGACGAGCUGGACAGCGGCAGUGAAAGUUCAGAUAAGUCCACAGGAGGUGGUGGAGGAGGUGGUGGACGGAGCGUUCGAGCUGGGAGUCCCCUUGGAAGUCAAGGAGGAGCAGAGGGGGACGACAGAGGACUGGGAGCAGGUGGUGGUGGUGGUUUGGGUGGCAGAGGUGGUAUAGGAGACGUUGUUGGUGGUGGUGGUGGUGGUAUUGGGGCUGACAGCGGUAUCGGUAUCUGUAUCGCUGGACGUACCGGUAAGCGAGUCACUCGGCGCCUGGUCGGGGUCAGCAAGCAGCGGCAGGCGGCCAACGCACGCGAGCGCGACCGGACGCACAGCGUCAACACGGCCUUCACGGCGCUGCGGACCCUGAUCCCAACGGAGCCGGCCAACCGCAAGCUGUCCAAGAUCGAGACGCUGCGCCUGGCCUCCAGCUACAUCGCCCACCUGGCCAACGUGCUUCUGCUGGGGGACGGCUGCAUGGACGGACAGCCCUGCAUGAAGUACCAGAACAUGCUGCACAAUAGCAUGCAACACACGGGCCCGACAGGUGGUGUCUCCAGCAACAGGAAUAGCAACAAAAACAACAGCAGCAGCGGCAGCAGCAGCAAUGGUAGUAGCCCAAGCCACAAUCACAACUCAAGCCCUACUACUACUACCGCCCCCAGCCUAAGGCCCAUUUGCACUUUUUGCCUAAGCAACCAGAGAAAACUGCUGAGAGAUGGAGAAAAGCACACACAUGUCUGAACGUGGAAAAAGAGAGGACUUUCGGCUGCUAACCUAACCUAACCACUCAAUGAUGUUUACAUGUAAAAAAAAUGUGACAUUUCAUUUUAAGGAAGCACAUGUGUAUAUUUUUUUCUAAUUAUUUCAAAAAUGGCACAGGAAAAAGUAAGAAGGCAGCAGCUGUAGCAACAGUAUAGAAAGAGAGAGAGAAAAAAUAUUUAUAACACUGAAAUGCACUUUUCAUUUUCCUCAAUAAUGUCUGUCUACUGUGCAGUGUUUUGGUUGACCGAAAGGCAAGCCCCCCCAACCCCGAGUCCAUGCGUAAAGUUGCACCUGGUGAGGAGUUUAUUUCUGUUACAGAAAUAGUAAGCCUUAGCUCCCCUUUCUAAAAAAAAAUCACUCUCACCUCUCUCUCUCUCUCCACCCCUGUUUGGUCACAUGAUUGCAAUCCAAACCAGGACGCUACAGCCGUCGCUGUCAGUAUAGUGAUGGCUUUCUGCCUUCCCUUUUGCGUGAGAGAGAGUGAGAGAGAGAGAGAGAGAGAGAGAGAGAGAGAGAGAGAGAGAGAGAGAAAUAGCAAGGGUGAUCUAGAAAGUAACUGCACAUAAGUCAUCUCAGGUCAAUUUAACUGAUCUGCGAAGCUAUGACACAACCUUUUGGGGGGGUGGGGGUUUCACUCUUUUGUGCAUAAAAACGAAUCAAGGAGAAAGUAUUAUUUUUGUGACGGCUUUUCUUUGUUUGAGUUCAGUUCAGUUUGACUUUGUGAAACAGGCAGCAGAAAACAGACGGACAGUAUUUAUAAGAAAGUCUAUUGUAAACUGGGUUACCUGGUCACCUAUUGAGUAAACUGACCAGAACUGCAGCAUAUGUGACAAAAAAAAACCUUUAUACACUGCAAAAGUUUCCUCGCAGAGCCGUCAAUUGGAUAAUGGAGGAACCUAAAAGUUCUCAGAUUUUCUGACAAAACUUACGUUUUAGGAAGAACCCCAAGAGAAGCUUUAGGGCAGUGGUUGCCAACCUUUUUUAGUACGGGACCCCAUUUUGAUAUCCCACAUUUCUGGCGACCCCAUAUUUUUUUCUCGAUAAAAUUCAAACAUGGCUGAGCUAUUAAAAGUAUAGAUAUUUAUGACAGUCUGAGAUCGUAAAUGGCGUCUAUUGAAUAGUAAUGAACAUUACUAAGUAGGCCUAAUAGUUGUCAGUAUUCUUUUUGUUCACAACCAGACCCCAUUUGAAUUCCAGGCGACCCGACAUGGGGGCGUGACUGCAGUGUUGAAAAACACUGCUUUAGGAUUUCUUCCACAGUGGCAAUCAAAGGUUUAUCAAAUAAUAGUUGGGUCCCUGGGUUCUCUAAGGAAUAUUUCAGAAAACCUUGGGUUUCUUUUUUUGAUCUCUUAAUGGUUCCUCCAUGGUCGUAACCUGAAGCUUCUUUAUGAAACUUUUCAUGUUUACAGUGUACUUUGCAAAGGUGGUCACAACUGUUUUAAGAAGUAAAAGCCCUGGUGUACCCCAUACCUUGAUUUAAGCACAUGCAGUACAUACUGUAGGUGGGUCAAUCAGCUCUCCUAACUGUGUGUGAGGCUUGCACUGAUUACAAUCAAAAAAUGUUUUUUCUUUCUGAAUGGCAGUAUGAAAUAUAGAGUAUACAGUGGGCUGGUCUCUUGCUCUGCGAAGCCAGACAACCCCCUCCCCCACACACACUGGAAGUGUGCCCUGGUGGAGGACAGAGAGAUACCUAGAAAGUCGAGUGUCUACUGGCCAGAAGCCAUAUUUUGCCGUACCAUGUGACUGGUGUGUUUCUAAACAAGGGCCGUGCAGUGAGUCUACGGAAGUCAGACGAGACAGCCAUGUAGAAUGGUUAUGCUGUUGCUGACGUCAGUGUUCGAUGCCUUGCAGAAAGAGUAGAACAUUCCAGGUUCACAAAAUCAUGACACAUAUUUGUAUUUUCCAGCUGAUAUAAGUAACCAGCUUAUUCUAAUUAGCAUGACUCCUCCUCACUCAGGCGAGUUAGCUAAUAAGAAUGAAUCCUAGCACUGACAAAGGCCAGACGGAUAAGAGCAGUCAGCAUUUUUAUGUCUGUAUACCCUAUUGUAGAAUUAAGGGUUUUUAAUAUAACUACUACCUUGACUCUGAGGAGAGUGCUUUGGAUUUAGUCAAUUAUUCUAUAAAGCCUUAAAAGGAAAAAACAGAUGCACCCCUUCUACUUGGAGAAAAGACUCAAGUGCUCAUUAUUUUUUCUUUUUGCCAUAAAUUGGCUAAUUAAUGAAAUCACAGACAGACAGAACAUAUGGUAGGACUUUUACUUUACUGAACCUGGGAGGUCCCUGCCUGUUGUGCAUUGGGACAUACAGUACCAUCAGCUGUUGUGUCAAGUGCUGGUAUUGCUGAGCAAAGUCAUUUGUUAAACUUGAAUUUCAUUUUGCUGUGUUUUUAUUUUUUUUGUUCUUCCUCACUUGGGGUGAGGCACUGUUGAAAAAGAGAAUCACACCUUCUUUUAUCAAUAGACGUUUUUUUUUUUUUUAAGUUGCCAUGAAAAUGAAAAUGUAAGUUUCACUUGACAAAUGGUCAUUGAAACUAUUUUCAUUCAAGACUAAGGUCAAAGUGGGCAAUUGUUUUGACUGUUUUGAUUUAUAAUGCAUAGUGAUAUGCACUGAUACAGGGAGAUUUUUUGUUUUAAUAUUUAUUUAGACUUGUGUUUUCAGAUAAAUGUUUAUGUAUUGUAUUAGAUGUCACUUAAACCAAUUAAUUUUGUUAUUUAUUAAUGAGGGACAUUUUCAGUUAGUGGAGUGUUAAGCACUCCACUCACAGAAUGGAACCUUAUUUU